AUGUUAGACCCCUUGAUAGUAAUAGGAAAGCUGGGAAAGGUUCAGGAGCUUUCCAAAAUAGCGGCAGCAAUGGAUGUGGACACCCCCAGUGGCACCAACAGUGGCGCCGGCAAGAAGCGCUUUGAAGUGAAAAAGUGGAAUGCAGUGGCCCUCUGGGCCUGGGAUACUGUCAUUGACAACUGUGCCAUCAGCAGGAACCACAUUAUGGACCUUUGUAUAGAAUGCCAAGCCAACCAGGCAUCCGCCACCUCUAAAGAAUGUACUGUAGAAUGGGGAGUCUGCAAUCACACCUUCCACUUCCACUGCAUCUCCCACUGGCUCAAAACCAGGCAGGUGUGCCCACUGGACAACAGAGAGUGGGAGUUUCAAAAGUAUGGGCAUUAGAAAGAGCACCUUCUUCCUCAAGAUUAUCACU